AUGGCUUCUUCUUCGUCCUCUUCUCUUUCGUUUUCAACAUCGAAGAAGAACAAAACCUUUUUCAAGAAACCUAAUUCUGCUUUUUCUUCUUCGAGGGCCACAAGUUUGAUCAAAAGACAACAGACUGUCUUUAAGAAAGCUAAAGAGCUUUCAAUUCUCUGUGACAUCGAUGUCUGCGUCAUCUGUUACGGAUCAAACGGAGAGCUUAAGACAUGGCCUGAAGAGAGAGAGAAGGUCAAAGCCAUAGCUCGAAGGUACGGUGAAUUAAGCGAGACGAAGCGUCGCAAAGGAAGCGUUGAUCUUCACGAGUUCCUCGAGAAGAUGAACAAGGAUGAUCCCGAGAAGGAGGAGAAGAAGAAGAUUAAAGUGAGACGUGUACCCAAAGUCAAGUAUCCAGUUUGGGACCCUAGGUUUGACAAUUACUCUGUGGAGCAACUCAUGGGACUGGUUCAGUCCUUGGAACGAAACCUAACCAGGAUCCAACAUAGGACUUGCGCUGUUGUUGAAGCUCAGGGGCAGAGGAGGGUACAGUACACGAACAUGGCUAAUCAAGAACUGAUGAUGGCUAAUACGAUGAAUCAACUUCAACAACACUCAAACCAGGUUUCCAUGUAUCUGUGGAACCAUGGAAACGGUGCUUUCUCACAAAUCCCAGUCUCAGCAUUGGCUUCAAACCAAACGCAAUCUCUAGCUCCGAUUCCGCCUGAACUGAUGAUUUACCCGAAUUCGGAUGCGGGAAAUUACUCGGGGUCUCUCGGGGUACAAGGAACUGGGAUCAAUGGGCUUCAGAACAUGAACAUGUUAACCUAUAACAACAUCAACAGCGUUAAUGAUUUCUCAAAACAGUUUGACCAGAAUUCCAGAGCGGAAAGUUACUCUAGCUUACUUGGGGUACACGAAGACGGAAACAAUGAGUUUGAGAACCCUAACAUGUCCAGCCGCAACAACUUCAAUGUUCAAGACUGUGCAGGGUUACUUGGGAUGCAAGGAGCUGGAACUAACGGGUUGCAGAGCAUGAACAUGCAUGACUACAGUAACAACAACAGCAUUAACUCUAAUGGUCUUUCGCAUCAGUAUGUUCAAUUUCCAACGUACAACAGCCAACAUCAGGACCGGGUUUUCAAUUUGGAUCAAAACGGAAACAAUACUAGGUCUCUCUAA